AUAAUGCAUUAGCUUCCUCCCCCUUUCAGAUACGGCAAAGAUCACACCUAACAGCACCCGAGAAGCACCAUGUCGAGACGAUACGACGGCCGCACGACUACCUUCUCCCCAGAAGGCCGACUCUUCCAGGUGGAGUACGCCAUGGAGGCUAUCAACAACGCCGGGUCGGCCGUCGGAAUUCUUGCCAAGGAUGGCAUUGUGAUUGCAGCGGAGAAGAAGACGGUGUCCAAGCUGCUAACCCCCAGCAAGACCAGUGAAAAGACUAUCAAGCUGGACGACCACCUGAUCUGCGCUGUAGCUGGUCUGACCGCCGAUGCCAACAUCCUAGUGAACUACGCGCGUCUGUCGGCGCAGCGCUACGAGCUGGCGUACCAGGAGAAGGAGCCGUGCGAGCAGCUCGUGCAGACCAUUUGCAACUACAAGCAGGCGUACACGCAGUUCGGUGGCCAGCGUCCCUUCGGCGUAUCCUUCCUGUACGCUGGCUGGGACCGCCACCAUGGUUUCCAGCUGUACCACAGUGACCCCAGCGGAAACUACGGCGGCUGGAAGGCCACCGCCAUUGGUGCCAACAACCGUGCAGCCAAGAGCAUGCUCAAGAGCGACUACGAGGAAGGCAUGACGGUGGAAGAUGCGCUGGCUUUCUCGGUCAAGGUUAUGAACAAGACCAUGGACUCUACCUCCCCCAGUGCAGAGAAGCUUGAGUUCACGACGGUCACGCGGAACCCUGACGGCAAGAUCGUGCACCGUCAACUCACCGAGAAGGAGACGGAAGAGCUACUGCAGAAGGCGGCUGCGGACACGGCCUCCUCGGGCGACAUGUAAUCCAAAGUACUGGUGAUAAGUGGGCACAGUGUCAUAGCUUUCGACGUUCAGCAGACAAGUCUACGGCGUUAGUGCUCUUACCAACUAAUGAAAAGACCAAAAAAGGGUUCCAUUAGUUUCACCUAACUAACUGCCGCCUGCGAUACCCGUAGAUGCUUUGUCCAUGGCAUCAGCUGUCGCCCCGGAGGCUUUAGCUGCGACCUUGUCUAUUCCGUCUUCUGCCUGGCUUCCAAUCCGUGCCGCACAACUGGACAAGUCAGUCCCACAAAUCAUGAACGUCACGAUAAGCGCAAGUACAGCCAAGGCCAAGGUGACGUAGAUCCAGUACUUGACGUUCAUCCACCAAAACGCAUUCUUGAGCUUCUUUGCCGAUUUUUCAUACUUCAUUGCAUCCUGCUGUAGUUUAUUCGUUCUCGUGACCAGCAGCUCGAUCUUUUCUCCUCGUUCCAUCAACUGGAAAAAAAAUAACGUUAGUUUCAUUCGCAUCA